AUGAGCGACAGCGAACAAGUUCAAGACACUCAGUACAUCGGCUCGGAGGACGAGAUGGACCACAACACCACAGUGAUGGACGACAACAAACACUGGAUAGAAGACAAGGAGAACCACAAGCCGGGCCAAGCCGAAGAAGACACAUCACAACAGAAAUCGAACGGUCUGCGGAGGAAAUUAGACGAGGCGACAGCUCAUCACCAAUCUCCGAAAACAACGAAACUUACAACGUCCAUGCAAGAAGGGGUGACACCACGACCGACGACAACAGCAAUUCAUUGGAUUGCUCAAUGGGAGCGAGAAAAUAUAUUACCAACAGAAAUAAACUCAGUCCUUGGAAAGUCAUCGCUGACCAUAAAGGAACCAAGCGACACCAUUACCAUAUCAUUUAUAUCAGCACGGCAAAAAACUGGGGGUUUAACAGCAAGCUUGGCAAAGCUAUCAGAGCAAAAGAAUACAAAUGUUCUGCAAUUGCAUGCAUUCAGUGUCUUUUGGAGUACAUUACUUCCGGCCCUGAUCGUCAUACAUUUAAACAAAUUCUCACAAGAAGUGAUUACGAAAUUGCAAAAUGUGCAACUCAUCAACUUGGUCUUAGAACUAACAAGAGAAAAGAAAAUAACACUGAACAUACCGAAAGGCGAGAUAAUAUAUAUCCAGAACAAGGCACAACACGAGAUAUGCAUGACAGACGAAUGGGUGAACACACUUCUAGAACCGAUGAAAACCUAUUAUUCCGUCCCGAAUAUGAAUUAUAUAAUAUAA